GGUUUUCUGCACCUUGGAGCUGGUUACUACUAUCCAGAUCCAGAAGAUCCCGUAAACUCUUCCAUCUAUGAAUAUCUUGUCAGCAUGGACCUCAAGGGAAUGAUGCUAAAGAGCGUGGCAAAUCAGGCACUUGGCAAAUUUGUUCUGAGCGACGUGGAAUGCAAUCGAGUACACGCGGCAAAACUCGCCGAGCUACAUUCUUGA